AUGUAUGAAUAUGGUUUCAUAGCUAUUAUUUUCUGGAAGCAAAAGGUAAAACAGAAACGGCAGUGGGACAGCUUUGCUGAUAAAGGCCCUUUUCAAAAUUACGUGCACGUACUAUCAAAGGCACCACUGAAGGUAAAACCUGUGACUGAACAUCUUCAGAGCACUAAGAUGGGGAAGGAACUUCUCUCAAGUGUGAGUGUGAUCUUCUUUCUGCAAGUAUCACUGGUCUCUUCCUACAAACUAGUUUGUUACUAUACAAACUGGGCUCAGUACAGACCAGAAGGUGGUAAAUUCUUCCCAGAAAAUGUUGACCCCUGCUUGUGCACCCACCUGAUUUAUGCUUUUGGCAGUUUGGCAAACAAUGAACUCACUACCUAUGAAUGGAAUGAUGAGCCCAUGUUCAAGAGAUUCAAUGAUCUGAAAAUGAGAAAUAAUAAUCUGAAAACCCUUUUAGCUGUUGGAGGUUGGAAUUUUGGUACCACCAGAUUUACAAGCGUAGUGGCUACAGAGGAAACUCGAAUAACGUUCAUCAAUUCUGCAAUCAGUUUUCUGCGGACCCAUGGAUUUGAUGGUUUGGACUUGGACUGGGAGUAUCCUGGCUCCCGAGACAGUCCACCAGAAGAUAAGCAACGUUUUACAGCAUUGGUCAAGGAAUUGAGGGAAGCCUUUAAAACAGAAGGAGAGUCUUCAGGAAAGGACAGACUCUUACUUACAGCUGCAGUUGCUGGUGGUAAAGAUACCAUUGAUGCUGGAUAUGAAAUAACUGAAAUUUCAAAAUAUAUAGAUUUUAUCUGUGUGAUGACGUAUGACUUUCAUGGUGCUUGGGAGAACAUUACUGGUCACAAUAGUCCUCUGUAUCGUGGGUCUACCGAUGAAGGAAAAUUUAUUUACUUUAAUGUUGACUUUGCAAUGAAGUACUGGAGAGAUGGUGGCAUCCCAGCUGAGAAUUUAAUUGUUGGAUUCCCAACCUAUGGACGUAGUUUCACCCUUAGCACCUCCCAAACAGGUGUUAGCGCUCCAGUGAGUGGGGCUGGUCAAGCAGGCCAAAUAACCAGGGAGGCUGGAUUCUGGGCCUACUAUGAGAUUUGUACAUUUUUGAAAGUUGCUACCUCAGAGGUGAUCGAUGACCAGCAGGUUCCAUAUGCAUUCAAGGACAAUCAAUGGGUUGGAUAUGACAAUCAGCAGAGUUUUAUAACCAAAGUUCAGUGGUUGAAGGAAAACAACUUUGGAGGUGCCAUGGUGUGGACUUUGGACUUGGAUGAUUUCACUGGAAAUAAAUGUGGUCAAGGAGUUUACCCUUUGACCACCACAUUGAAGACACUCCUUAAUAUUAAUGGUUAG